AUGUAUUCGAAGAUCCUUUACUUCGUGGUUUUCCUUGCGGCCGUCGUAGCUGAUGACCACGAUCAUGGCUAUGGAUUUGCGUAUUCGUCACAGCAUAUAUCUCGUUACGAUAGUCCUCCCGAAAUUAUACACAUUCAUGGUGAUCAUGGCGGCGCACAUGGUCAUGAAGGGGAAGGUGGAAACAGAGAUGGGCAUGGUCAUGGAGAAAUUGGUUACUAUACUCAUCCAAAAUAUACAUUUACAUACGUAGUUAAAGACCCUCAUACUGGUGAUAAAAAAUCUCAGCACGAGAGUCGCGAUGGGGACGUGGUGAAGGGCGUGUACUCGCUACAGCAACCAGACGGCUCCGAAAGAACCGUGCACUACCAUGGCGACCGCAACACUGGGUUUAAUGCCGAUGUGAAAUACGGCACCUACCACGUCGUUCCAGAAUACCAUCAUCACCACUAGUAGAAAAAUGAUCCUGAUAAUGAAAAUUUUUAAUUAUCAAUCAAGUUCCAGACUUAAAUAUAAUUUUAAACGUAUUUUGAAUUGUUUUACUGUCAAUAAUUGUAUUUAAUAAAAACCAUUUUUUUAUAAA